AUGCGAGCGCUAGGCUUUCCUCGUCAAAUAUCUUUGGAAAGUUUCCGUAACCCUAAUUGGGAGCUGGUAGAGUCCUGUUUGAGAUGGCUUGCUGCGAGAAUCGAACCAGAUGCAACAUUGGCUGGUGGGAAGGAUUCAGUUGAACUACGGGUCGCUAUGGUCACACACGCUACUGAACUGUUUCACUCAAGAGCAAAUCUUAAGCUCAACGGUAAAAAGAUUUAUGGGGCAGAUGGAUGGGCUGUGCGCGAACUUCUUAAAGUAGCAAAUCUUCUACGUUCGGCUCUAGAUACGCCAAACCAAGACGAUCAACACAGUGACUCAAAUCCAUUAGUGUAUGAUAUUAGUACCAGAGUCGGAGAAGUGAAGCAAGCUCGAGGAUUGGCUACGGAUAUCACAGCUCAAGGAGCUUUUCUCUACGAUCUAUUGGCUAAGGAACCAGAAAAUAAGGAGCAACGCGACAAAGCACUAUCCCGUCCUUUGGACAUGUCCUCAUUGGAAGCAGCUCUUAAUCGUGCGGUGGAGUCAGUGGCCGGUCAGGUGGCCGCCGUCCGCGAGCAGAUAGACAACGUGGCGUCCAGCGAGGCAGCGCUCGACGCCAAACUGGAGCGCCGCCGGGCGGAGCUACAGCGGGCGGAGAAGAGGUUGCAUACCGUGCAAAAAAUCAAACCUGCAUAUCAAAGCGAGCUAACAGCCCUGGAAGGGGAAAUAGAACAGCUGUGGGAGCAGUACGUGGUGCGAUACCGCUGCGUGGAGGCGCUAAAACAUCAGCUCAGUUUGUUAGAGACUGCUCAGGCUGAGGCAGCGGAAGAACAACAAGCGGCGAUAAUGCAAUUAAUUCAUAAAUAUGAAGCCGAAGACGUUCUCGGGAAACUCAGCGACUCUGAUGAUAUGGAUUCCAGUGAUGAAAGCAAGGAGCCUGCAAAGCAGCCGCGCCCAGCUACCAGACCUCGGACUAGGCUCCGAAUCAAGACCGCUGGAACUGGUCCCGACGCAAGACACGCGUUUGGGAGCAUGCAAGCUCGGGAGUCCCUCGAGGAAUUGGACCGAUCCAGCUCCGACACUGAUCUGUCUGAUGCGCAGAUUUACGGCGAGUCCGGCGGGCGCUGGUCGCGGCCGCGCCCCGCCGCGCGCCCCGCCACGCGCCCCGCCACGCGCACGCUGGCCGGCGUCGACGACUACGCCGACCUCGUGCACAGAGAAGAAGACGGGGAAGGUUCAGAGGGUUCCCUGGGCAGCUCCUCUGAAAGUGAACUGAGGCUGACGAGCGCUCACCCAGGCAGGACGUCGGCGCUCAGCGAUAACGAGUUUUAA